UUCAUUCCUGUCUCGGACUUCCUGCUUCGCCGCUGAAGUUUUUCUCCGGGUCAUGAGGAGAGAAGUUAUAGAAGAAACCGAGUACCCGCUUCAUUUCAUGGACCAAACUUUAACACAACCGACGGACACAUUUCGGACUCUAUGAUUCGACCAACAACCAUAUUUAUUCGUCCGCCGCCAUAUCCUGAAACAUGGAGGACCCAAACAGACCUCAGCGCAAGAUGUCAACAGCAGGAGACAGCCUGUAUAAGAUCCUGGGGCUGGAGAAAGGAGCAUCUCCAGACGAAAUAAAGAGGGCGUACAGGAAACUGGCGUUGAGGCAUCACCCUGAUAAGAACCUAGACAACCCAGAGGCUGCUGAGAAAUUCAAGGAGAUCAACAACGCCAACUCUAUUCUCAGUGACGAAAACAAACGGAAUAUCUACGACGAGUAUGGAUCCAUGGGACUCUACGUGGCCGAGCAGUUCGGCGAUGAGAGCGUCAAAUACUGUUUCCUUAUGUCCAAGUGCUGGUUCAAGGCCCUCGUGGUGUGCUGCAGUAUAUUCACCUGCUGCUGCUGUUUCUGCUGCUGCUGUUUCUGCUGUGGGAAGUGCAAAGCACCAGAGGACGAGGAACACUACCCCUACAUGGACCCUGAGGACCUGGAGGCAGAGAUCAGAGAGCAGGAUGCAGCAGGAGACCAUGUAAUAAUUAUUCAGCCGAGCGCCGACGCUUCAGAUAAAGUCGAUACCUCUCCAGGUGAGAACGCACCGAUCGUGGUCCAGCCUCAUGCCGCCAGUGGCACCUCAUAAACCAAGUGAGUGGAGACCUGAUAAAACCACGUCACCAUCAGCAGCUGCACUGAUCAUUUUCAGAGAUGAUGAGAAUAAACAUUGAGGUUAAAUGUGGCAGAAAAGCGUCAUCUGUAAGGCGGUUUUGUUUAAAUGCAUCAAGCAGCGACCUGAUUCUGCCAUAUUUUUUGGUGCCAGUGGUUUUGUCUUUGAUCUAAUUGCCAUAUUUAUUUUUUAACCUUUUUUUUAAAUAUUGGGUAGUAUCUGGACUGCAGUGAGAAAUGACAAAGCCAUGCAGAUCAAAGCUCUGGAGUGAGUUUUUUUUUUCAUGUGCACUUUAAUAUCUCAAAAUCAUGUUUAAAAUCCUGAAGCUGCCACAGUGGUCUGAGAGUAUUCUGGCUCAAGAUGGCUGCUGGGUUAGAAAUGUUUUUAAUGUUUUUUUUAAAUACAACAUUAUACGCUGUUUCCGGACUUUUAGAAACCAACCACUCUGAGACUUUCGCGGUGUUCAGUCAUGCUGCACAUAUAGUGGAGACAAUCUAAAGGGCUUAUUGAAAAGAUGUACAGAAUAUUGUGACUAAAUCAAACGAUGUAUUUAAAAUGUUCUGAAUGUCGACUUGUGUGCACUGUUGUGUAUUUGGCUGGCAGCCUGUAAAUAGCACAGUUAGAAUUAAUAAUGUAAUGCUGAUGAGGCAUUACAGGAAUAAUAGAUGCCAUUUAGAUGAGAUUUCGACUUUUGUCACUUCACGUCAUUUCAACUCAAGAGAGUCGUAUGGCUGCAGAGUCUUUUAAAGGAAUACUUCACCAGCAAAGUGAUCAUUUGUAUAUCAGCUACUCACCUCGUGUCAGCUUGAAUUUGUGAGGAAUCCUUUUUUAGGUGAACGAAGAAUCCAAAAAAUGGCAUUAGAAAUCCCCACGGUCUGAUUUUCAUUACCGUCAAAAAUACAGGCGCUCAUCUUUUUAUUGAACUCUGCCUGCCGCCAGUUAGAGGUGUUCCACACACGUCCCACUGGUAGGAGGCCCCGGGCCAGACCCAGAACACGCUGGAGGGAUUAUAUAUCUCAUCUGGCCUGGGAAUACCUUGGGGUCCCCCAGGAGGAGCUGGAAAGGGUUGCUGGGGAGAGGGACCUCUGGGGUGCUUUGCUCAGACUGCUGCCCCUGCGACACAGCUUCGGAUAAGCGAUUGAAAAUGGAUGGAUGGCGAUGGAGAUGCUGUAUUGAUGAUGAAUGUAGCACACGUCACGCGCCACCAGAGGUCAGUCUCUUCGGGUGAAACAGGCAGCUGAGCUGAGAAAGGUAGCAUCUGAGAGGGAUAACGUUACAGGACUGCAAACAGCCUGUGAGGAAUGGCAGAGAGACCGCAGAGGGAAAAAAACAGUAGCUCCGCACAUCAGUAUGGUCAUAUACGGUAUACCCCUGUGAAAUUUCAGAAAGGUAUGAUAAAAUGGAUCCCAGCCAAGCUUAGACUGGAUAAAAGAGACUUGGAUUAUACUGCAUGAGUUGUGUGAGAGUUUGUAAACUGAUUUACUGAUACAGUUUUUUUCACCGUGGAGGCAUGCUUGAAAACAAAGUGUUCUUUAUGAAUUUAAGGUAAAAUAAGAUGAGUAACUGAUAAAAAAAUGAUCAGUUUUUGGGUGAAGUAUUCCUUUAAAAGUGCCGUGAGUUGCAAACAACAACACAACAGAAGACUUUGGUGAUGUGAGGGGUUCAUAUUUGUUUGCUUUUUAGGCACCUCCAUGUUAUGAAGAGCAGAAUUGGAUAGAAAUCAAGAGUUUUUGUCUUGUAAUUAUGACAUGGUUUGACUGAAACAAGUCUGAAUCUGGUAGUUAAAUUAGUAUGGAGCUGGAGCAGGGAGGUGAUUAGUGUAGCUGAGCAUAAAGACUGGAAGCAGGGGGAAAGCAAGUCGCGUUCAUAAAUGCACCUCUAAUGCUCGCUUUCUUUUGCAUUGUGAGGUUUCCCACCUGACGACACCCCGCUGAGAAGCACAGGGCAGAUAGAUAACCUAUUAAGAAACCCCUUAAACCACAGCUACACAUCACAGAUUAAGUUUUACCAAUCAACACAUUGUAUGUCGUUUGUUUAGGCGUUUUUACAGGCAGAUUUUGUUACCUCUGAUGAAGCCAGGCUAGCUGUUCCUCCCUGUUUCCAGUAUUUAUGCUAAGGUAAGCUAAUUCUCCUCUGCCUCCAGCUCCAUACUCACAUAACACACAGACAGAAUGGUAUCUAUCAUCUCAUCUAACGCUCAUAAAGAAAGCCAGUAAGCUUAUCUCCCAAUAUUUUGAGCUAGUUCUUUAGAGAUGCUAGUAGUACUGUUGGUUAGUUCACUGUACCUGCACGUAAGGUUACCUCAAGACGGUACUGAUUAGGGCUGGGUACCUGUGCUCUGUAUCUUUAAAGUAUCGACUGAAAUAACCCAAUACCAAGUAGUAUCAGAACUUCUCCAGUUAAACGAUACCUGCAUUCGAUCCUUUCUGUACCCAGAUCUAGAAAAAAAAGACUUUGUAAGGGUUCGCCGCAAGCGUUCUUUGAUUUAAUGCAGCAUGUGAUUGGCCCACGACCGCAGCAGCUACAACCCAUACAGUCUGUGGUGUGGUGAAGUCAGGUGGCAGUUCGGCGUGCCGAGAUGACACCAAAAUGCCUGUGGCUUCUGGUGGCAUUUUCAGCAGCUGAAUGUUUCCACUCACAUGAUGGGUAUCAAAUAGAGUGGAUAAAUAAAGGUAUCCAAUGAAGUACUCUGGUAUUGGUAUCACUUUAAGGGCACUGGUAUUGUAUUUUUUUAACUGUACCCAGCCCUUGUACUGAUAAAGCUCCCACAAAUCAUCUGAUAUACCAUGAAAAACACUUUUCCUACACUUCAAUCUAAAACCAACCUGACUCGACGACAAGACGACGUACUGAUUUGAUUUAUUGCCAAAUGUUCUGCGUGAAUUUUCUCCGAUGUGUUGAGGCCUUCUGUCAAAGACAGUGAUCUCUCUGUGGUGUGUGAGAUGAUUUAUCACCUGUAUGUGGCGUGAAAUUACGCUCCGUACAGGAAUCAUGUUUUUAUGUAAAGUCAGAGGUAUAUUUUUGAUUGGAAGUUUUAUGAUAAAUUGAGUGUAUAUUAGGAUAACGCCUUAAAUUAUGUCAUCUCUCAUCAUGUUUGUAUUAUAUUUUUUAUCUCUGCUGGGUGUAGGAACGUGGGUUUGUACAUUUGGUACAAAUCUAAAUAAUAAAUGUGUGUCAUCUUUUGCAUUUUAUCUGUUCUUCUCGGAUGACUUUCACAGACAGUCCCGACUUUGUAAAGUUUAAACGACCCCAGAAAUGUAUGUAAAAGUCAGUUUUGUAUACUUGAUGAAAACUUCAUAAAAGUGCCUUUCAGUGGGAUUUUUUUUAGGUUAAAAAGAAAUGUUAUAUAUUUUGUAUUAUGUCUAAACAUUCCCAGUUUUUUUGUUUCUGUAAAAUGAAAUGUUUGUCUGAUUAAAUAAACUUGGGUGAGACUGAA